AGUGCUAAGAGAUUAGUCCGGUUCGCCGCUGUGCGCACUGCGCAUGUUCCAGCUCCAUCCUCCCCUUCCCCCACCACCCCGCCCUCCGGGAGCCACGCCCAAAAAGUCAAGGCGCUUCAGUUACCAGCCGGCUACGUCGCGCCUGCGCUUUGACCCCAGUUUGCGCCCCGACUCCGGUCGUGCGGCUGCCCCGGGAGGGCUCUGCAGUUGCGCAGCUUGCUCCCCGGCCCUUUUCCCCUCUGCUCCCCGCCGCCUCCUGACGCCGGGCGUGACGUCACCACGCCCGGCGGCCGCCAUUACAGAGAGCCGAGCUCUGGAGCCUCAGCGAGCGGAGGAGGAGGCGCAGCGGCCGACGGCCGAGUACUGCGGUGAGAGCCAGCGGGCCAGCGCCAGCCUCAACAGCCGCCAGAAGUACACGAGGAACCGGCGGCGGCGUGUGCGUGUGGCCCGUGUGCGGGCGGCGGCGCGGGAGCAGCGCGGAGCGGCAGCCGGCCGGGGCGGGUGGCAUCAUGGACGAGAAGGUGUUCACCAAGGAGCUUGACCAGUGGAUCGAGCAGCUGAACGAGUGCAAGCAGCUAUCCGAGUCCCAGGUCAAGAGCCUCUGCGAGAAGGCUAAAGAAAUCCUGACAAAGGAAUCCAACGUGCAAGAGGUUCGAUGUCCAGUUACUGUCUGUGGAGAUGUGCAUGGGCAAUUUCAUGAUCUCAUGGAACUGUUUAGAAUUGGUGGCAAAUCACCAGAUACAAAUUACUUGUUUAUGGGAGAUUAUGUUGACAGAGGAUAUUAUUCAGUUGAAACAGUUACACUGCUUGUAGCUCUUAAGGUUCGUUACCGUGAACGCAUCACCAUUCUUCGAGGGAAUCAUGAGAGCAGACAGAUCACACAAGUUUAUGGUUUCUAUGAUGAAUGUUUAAGAAAAUAUGGAAAUGCAAAUGUUUGGAAAUAUUUUACAGAUCUUUUUGACUAUCUUCCUCUCACUGCCUUGGUGGAUGGGCAGAUCUUCUGUCUACAUGGUGGUCUCUCGCCAUCUAUAGAUACACUGGAUCAUAUCAGAGCACUUGAUCGCCUACAAGAAGUUCCCCAUGAGGGUCCAAUGUGUGACUUGCUGUGGUCAGAUCCAGAUGACCGUGGUGGUUGGGGUAUAUCUCCUCGAGGAGCUGGUUACACCUUUGGGCAAGAUAUUUCUGAGACAUUUAAUCAUGCCAAUGGCCUCACGUUGGUGUCUAGAGCUCAUCAGCUAGUGAUGGAGGGAUAUAACUGGUGCCAUGAUCGGAAUGUAGUAACGAUUUUCAGUGCUCCAAACUAUUGUUAUCGUUGUGGUAACCAAGCUGCAAUCAUGGAACUUGACGAUACUCUAAAAUACUCUUUCUUGCAGUUUGACCCAGCACCUCGUAGAGGCGAGCCACAUGUUACUCGUCGUACCCCAGACUACUUCCUGUAAUGAAAUUUUAAACUUGUACAGUAUUGCCAUGAACCAUAUAUCGACCUAAUGGAAAUGGGAAGAGCAACAGUAACUCCAAAGUGUCAGAAAAUAGUUAACAUUCAAAAAACUUGUUUUCACAUGGACCAAAAGAUGUGCCAUAUAAAAAUACAAAGCCUCUUGUCAUCAACAGCCGUGACCACUUUAGAAUGAACCAGUUCAUUGCAUGCUGAAGCGACAUUGUUGGUCAAGAAACCAGUUUCUGGCAUAGCGCUAUUUGUAGUUACUUUUGCUUUCUCUGAGAGACUGCAGAUAAUAAGAUGUAAACAUUAACAACCUCGUGAAUACAAUUUAACUUCCAUUUAGCUAUAGCUUUACUCAGCAUGACUGUAGAUAAGGAUAGCAGCAAACAAUCAUUGGAGCUUAAUGAACAUUUUUAAAAAUAAGUACCAAGGCCUCCCUUCUACUUGUGAGUUUUGAAAUCGUUCUUUUUGUUUUCAGGGAUACCGUUUAAUUUAAUUAUAUGAUUUGUCUGCACUCAGUUUAUUCCCUACUCAAAUCUCAGCCCCAUGUUGUUCUUUGUUAUUGUCAGAACCUGGUGAGUUGUUUUGAACAGAACUGUUUUUUCCCCUUCCUGUAAGACGAUGUGACUGCACAAGAGCACUGCAGUGUUUUUCAUAAUAAACUUGUGAACUAAGAA